AUGGCCCCACUCAGUGGGCAUCCCCACAACCUCACUCCUUUCACCACCCUCAUUGUAGCGUGGCUUUUCAUAGUACUGACAAAGGCUAUGCCAGCGACUCAACAAGGCACCGGUGGCCCACCUGCAGACGAGUUCAGCUGGGUCAAAUAUGUCAGGGGUCCCCCCAGCACCACUGUCUCUCCAGCCCGCUUGCUUGCCAAAUAUUCCACUGGUAAUAUUAGCAACCCGGACGGCAUUCUUCAAGGCGGGAUCACCACACUCACAAGAAACGGUCCUAACGAAGAUCUUCCAUCGCUUGUGCUGGACUUUGGCCAGAACUACGCCGGGAUCUUGUCCAUCGACUUCGCCGGAGCUGAACCGUCCGACCCGGACCUGUCCAACACGAUGGCCCUGCCUGGUAUCACUCUUGCUUUCUCGGAAACACUCCAAUUCCUGACCAACAGAAGCGACUUUACAAGGUCGGACAACCAACCUGCAGGAGAAAAGUUCACCAACGGGACCGACCAGAUUGCGGUGCAGAAGCAGCCGUACACUUGGACGAAUCAGCUCGGCUGCCAAUUUCCCGAGGAUCACAAGGUCUGUUCGGACGGCUUCCAUGGUUUUCGAUAUUUGCGCAUCUCAUUGCAGGCUCUUGACGAAGACGCGCCGUAUACCACGGGGUUUGGAAGUGUGUCGAUUUCAGGCGUGUCGCUGGCGCGCUAUGGCUUCAUCGGUACGCCGGAGAACUUCAAGGGCUGGUUCGAGUGCAGUGACGACAACUUCACGCAGUGGUGGUUUGAAGGGGUCCACACCAAUGACUUGACCACCGACAUAUUCCGGGCAAACGACACGGAGCCACGCGACGCUUUCAGCCCGAGCCUGGUAGACAAGCUCGUGCUGCACGACGGGGCGAAGCGCGAUCGCGACCCUUACGUGGGUGACCUCGCGAUAUCUGCGAUGACGCUGUACCUUAGCCACCAAGACCCCACUGCGGCGCGAAACGUGCUCGCCGACCUGGCUGAUCACCAGAGAGAAGAUGGGUGGAUACCGCCGGCGAGCAUUCGUAAUUAUACGCUCCCGUUGUUUGACUAUCCCCUCUGGUGGGUGGUUUGCUCGUAUGAUCUGGUCAUGUACUCCGGCGAUACCGACUACCUUGAUAAAUACUACGCGAACAUAGUCAAAGUCCUCGACGUCUAUUAUCCGAAUUGCACCAACGCCGACGGACUUCUUGAGAAGGGGCUGGGGAACAGCGCCGGCUAUGGCGACUACGCCUUCCUGCCCCGCACGGGCGUCAUCACGUACUACAACGCGUUAUACGUCCUGGCCCUCGACCACGCGGCAGACCUGGCCGAAUUCUACGGAAAGGACGAGGAUGCCGCGAGAUGGCGAGAGCGCUCGGCGGCAGUCGGCCCAGCGCUUAUGCGCGAAAACUGGGACAGCAGCGUCGGGGCGCUAUUCGACGGCGGGCCAUGCCCGGACGACAGCAACGGCACCACCAAGUGUCCCGUCCACGCGCAAGAUGGCAACAGCAUCGCAAUACUUGCGGACGUAGCGGACUUCGAAGACGGGUACUCGAUCCUAGAUUACCUCUCCAAGGCGCUGACGCGGCCCUACGGCAACGCGUUCUACGACAGCAGCGCCCUCAGCCCGGAUGACCAGUUCGACCAGCGCGUGUACGCCUUCAUCAGCUUCUUCGAGAUCGCGGCGCGCUUCCGUCUCUUCUCAGACUCGGCUUUUGAUGAGAUCCAGAGGCUGUACGGGUGGAUGUCGAGCCACGACCCGUUCUCGACAUUCUGGGAGGGCAUCGGCCCCGGGGGCGAGCCCUACGAGGCCGGGUUCACGUCCAUGGCGCACGGCUGGUCUACUGGUAUCGUCCCCCUGAUGACCAAUUACGUUCUGGGGGUGAGGCCACUGAUGCCCGGCUUUCAGGCCUUUCUGUUCGCCCCGUACUCUAUGUGGGACGGGAUGAACUGGGCCCGGGGUGAAAUCCCCACGCCGAGGGGGCCCAUUGGGGUGGAAUGGGUAACAGAAUCCUCUACCUUGAAGAUGGUGGUUUCAGCACCUGCCGGGUUGACGGGAAGCGUUGUUGUGCCCCUCGCAUACAAUGAGACUGAGCUAAGUAUGAAUGGGCAGGUUGUCUGGACCAAGGACGGAGGCGCGAGUGCAGAAGGCGUCGAUCCUGGUGAUGGCAAAGUUGUGGUGAGCGUUCAAGGCGGGAGCCGCCACGUCUUCCAAACGGCCUAA